AUGGUGGACUGUCAGCUUGACACUGAUUUAGAGCCAGACUGUCUCGAUGCUGCUGCCGCCCCAUCCCCUCCGCCUCCCCCACCCGCCCUCACCCUCACCCCCACCCCUGACAGGAGACGGAUGGUGGGGGAAGUAGUGAAGUCUCGGGUUCGAUGGGGCGGCGGGCAGAGCCGAGCGCGGCCGAAGCGGUGCGGCUGGCAGUCGGCCGGCGUGCACCACAUGGCUGCUGGCGCCCGACCCGGACCGUUGCCAACGCGGCGCAGCCUGAGCCCGGGGCCCGCCGCCACCGCCGGCGCCAGCAUCAGCGGCAGCGGCAGCGGCAGCGGCAGCGCCAGCCCCGCCCUGCUGUGCCCGCCAGAGCCGCGCAGCUACGGCCGCAGCCCGCGCCACAGCGUCGCCAGCGUCGCCAGCGUCGGCGCGCCCCUGGCAGAGGCCGACGCCUCCGCCGGCUGCCUGGGCCCCGGCCACCGGCCGCCGCCGCCGUCGCCGCGCCCGCUCUCCCCGGCGCUGCUCGAGCCGCCGUCUCUCGUCGUCGCGGACGCCGACGCUCUAUCUCCAGGUACGGCCACGCCCACAUCGUUGCGCCGCUGCUCCGUUUGCUAA